AUGUCGAAUUCAACUAUUCGCCGUCGCCAAACAGAGGCAGAAAAGAACAUCAACAGACUUCGAAACGUGAUGCCUGACAAAUAUAUGGAGCUCUGCCUUAUGCACCUCUCAUUUCUACUGGAUUUAGAUGGCAGCAAAUUGGAAGAAUUGAGUGAAACCGAAUCGAAAACAGACUCAAAGAAAGACAAAAAAGGCUGCUCUACUCCAUUUUCCAAAAAGAAAGAUAAGAAUUUAUUUGGUUCACCAAUCACACAAGGAAACAUUGCUCAAAUAUAUCAACUUAUUGAAUUCCUUGGCAGACCAGAAAAUAUCCGUAAAGAAGGUCUAUUCAGGAAAUCAGGCAACUGUAACCGACAGCGGUUACUUAAAGAUUGGUUAGUCCAGGGUUCCAGUAACCUUGGUUUAGAUGAUGGAACUUUUUCAGCUCAUGAUGCUGCUGUUGUUUUGAAGAACUAUCUCCAAGACUUACCAGAACCCUUACUUACAGACAAACAAUUUGAAUGCUACAAACAAAUCUUAGGUAAGUACAAAGAAAAAUUAGCUGCUAAAGAAAAACAGCUAAAAGCCAUCCAAGUUUUAAUAUUAAUGCUGCCAAGAGAAAAUGCUUUAUUAUUGGAAUGUAUUUUGGAUUUAUUACACAGAGUUAGUUUAGUUAGUGAAAAUAUGAUGACAGCUAAUUCACUGGGAACUAUUUUUGCUCCACAUCUGCUGUGCUCUAGAAAGUUGACUGCUUUGGAACUCCAUGCUUUGUCAGGUAUCUGUUCUCAAAUAACAACACUUAUGGUGGAAAACUCUCCCAAAUUAUUCAAAAUUCCACGAGAAUUAGCCAUAGAUGUUUCUAAUUUCUGGACAGAAAUGGAAGAUCCAACCAAACAUAUCAAAUAUACAAAAACAGACCCUAAAACAGAAAACUUCAGCAAAUCUAAACAAAAAAAUAACAGUGGACCAGCACUGAACACUGUGAUCUGUUAUAAUGACAGACAAAAACAACCAGAAACCAAUACAGAUAUUGCCUUAGCUAAUCUCUAUGCCCAUGUACAAUCCAUGCCUGAAUCAGCUAAAAAGAAGAAAUUAAUGAAACAAUUCCAAAGAGCAAACCGUCCUUCAACUCCAAAGAGUUCCAAACAUUCACGAAGUCGAACAUUUGGUGAAUCUUUGAAGGUAAGAACAACAUUACUUUUACUUUUAGUGUGA